UCUGGAAGAGCAGUCAGAGCUGUUAACUGCUGAGCCAUGUCUCCAGCCCUUAAACAUCUUUUUCAAGGAAGGAAACUAAGACACCUUUUACUCAUCAGCUGAGAAGUCUGUACGUGGUAUUUACUGUUCACUCAUGACCGGCUCUGUUGGUCACUGAGCACACUUUACUCCAAACAGGCACCUCUCUGCCUUUAGAGAGCUUAAAACUGGGAGAAACAGGCAGGCUAGUAAACACAGCUGUGAAUACAGAGAUAAUGUGCCAGGCCAGACAAGUGUAUUAAAAUAGGACCUGAGCCAGGCACAGUGGCACAUGCUUUUAACCCCAGCUCAGGCGGCAGAGGCUUGAAAGAUCAAACCAAACCCCUGCCCCUCACCUAGGAAAGAAAGAAAAAACCACAGGACUUGGAACAGUCAGGAAUGGCGUUGAUUAUGGAAGAUUCCCACAAGAAUAACACGUCAGAGACUGCAUCUCAGCCUGGUUCAACAGUUUCGGGAACUCACAUUUCUCAGAUAGUACAUCAGCACAUCUGUUGGAACCCACUUCUACAGAAGACCAUCUCAAACAACCAGCCUCAUGGGAUUGAGCAACCACUAGAUUCUUGGACAACCCAUUCACAGCUCUCUCUUACUGGGUUAGUUGGACUGCAUACUGUGUCAUCGUUAUCAGAAAGUGAGGAGUCUCAGGACUCGUCUGACAGCAUAGGCUCCUCACAGGGAGCUCACGGGGUCCUGGCCCGCAUAGGCUCCUCACAGGAAGCUCACGGGGUCCUGGCCCGCCGCCCCUCCUACAGGAAAAUUUUGAAAGACCUCUCUUCUGAAGAUACACGGGGCAGAAAAGGGGACGGAGAAAAUCCCAGCAUUUCUGCUGUCACGUCUAUGUCUGUUCCAACCCCCAUCUAUCAAACAAGCAGCGGACAGUACAUUGCCAUUGCCCCAAACGGAGCCUUACAGUUGGCCAGUCCAAGCACGGAUGGAGUGCAGGCACUGCAGACAUUAACCAUGACAAAUUCAAGCAGUGCUCAGCAGGGGACGAUCCUCCAGUAUGCACAGACCUCUGAUGGACAGCAGAUACUCGUCCCAAGCAACCAGGUGGUUGUACAGACUGCAUCAGGAGAUAUGCAGACCUACCAGAUCCGUACCACACCGUCUGCCACAUCACUCCCACAGACUGUGGUGAUGACUUCUCCUGUGACUCUUACAUCCCAGACAACAAAGACAGAUGACCCCCAACUAAGAAGAGAAAUACGACUGAUGAAAAACAGAGAAGCUGCCCGAGAGUGCCGCCGGAAGAAGAAGGAAUACGUGAAGUGCCUGGAGAACCGCGUUGCUGUUCUGGAAAAUCAAAAUAAAACUCUAAUAGAAGAGCUAAAGACUUUGAAGGACCUUUAUUCUCAUAAAAGUGUUUGAUUCUUUAAAGUGAAAGUAUUUUUUGUGGACUUUUAAGCUUAAGAAUUAGGUGGAUUUCUUUCUAGUGGAGUUCUAUAAAUUCAAAGGUCAGAGAAGCUACUUUGUGUUAGGUUUUCACAGACAGACACGAUGGGGGGAGAAUGGAGGUGGCCUUCAGGAAGCUGCUGGCUCAAUUGGAAGCUCCGAAAAGAGUGCUCAAGGAAUGGACUUUCAGGAUUUCUAUUCAAAAUUAAUGGUCAGCAACGAAAAUGGCAGGUGACAUUAGUGAAGCAUCCGUUCCUGCUACGUCUGUAUCUCUCUGUUCCCUAAAACUUGCCUUUGUGUGUGUGUGUGUCUGUGUGUGUGUGUGUCUGUCUCAUUUCUGCCAAUAAAUUUAAAUUACAAAUGUAAAAGAAAACAUAAAGUGUUACUAUGUAAAUUAUGUGGUCUGAUUGUGUCGUAUUGUCAGGUGUGUUAUGAGUUUUAGCAGUUUUGUUGGACUCGAUUGGUUUGGAGAUCUCCUAAGGCGUGGAGGUGCAUCAACCUGUGGUGGUGGUUUGUGACUUUUCUUUAUCAGAAUGGAAAAAACUGUCUGCAAGUUUGACAGCUUAAUGGUUUGUUUUUUGCUUCCACUGAUAAGGGCAAGUACAUAAUAGAUUGGUUUUUGUUUCUUUUUUUGAUUCUCUAAUCCUGUAUGCAGUUGAAGAUCAUUCUUUUGUGCUUUAACAGAAUGAAGUGUUUACAAAGUCCCUUAAAAUGUUUUAAAUAACCUGAAGAUGCACACCAAAGCUUUCCUGAGGGAUUUUAUAAUCAUCUUACCGUAAGGUUUGUCAGGUUCUAAAAUAGUUACUGAGGCAAUCUUACAUUGAGACUAUUGUGUAAUGUAGCCAUGGUACCUUUAUAAAAGAAGUGACUGCCAAUAUAUUUUUAUAGUGAAUCUUUAUAAAUUCUAAUGUUGAGUUUUUAAUGAUUAUUUUAAAUGUUUAUAUAGUUUGUUUAGUAAAAAAAAUUUGUAUCUCAAAGUAUCAUUUUUAUAUUAUGAGAAGAGUAAAGUUUUCAAAUUGGCUGAUAAUUGAAUUGUAUGUUUUCUAUAAAGUUUUAUCUAAAGUUUCAGCUGUGGUCAGUACACCAGCAUUUAACCUCUGUAUUCUAAUCUGUGUACACUUGGAAACUGUAAAACUGUUGUGUGCCUACAGAGUAUGUUUCAUAUUGUCUGUGAAAUUAAAAAACAUUUGAUAAGA